AUGUUGCGUAUGCGCUGUCGCUCCAGGACAAUCUGUCUUUCCUUGGCCUUCAUCACGCUUUUCUUCCACCUCCUCCUGGUGCUUCUCUCUCUUCCCAUUUACCACCAGCCCUGUGACCCCCCACUGCCAACCAGGACACACAUCCUGAGAGACCUGGCACACACUGACUACAGCUCUGUGGGGACCAUUGGUCUAGCUGUGGCACCAACCGAGACAGAGUCUUCCAAUAAAGAUGCCAAUAAGGAUGACAAAGGUCGUGUGCAAACACUUUCUGACGUUGGCUUAUCAGUGAAGGAACAUAAAUAUGCCUCAGUGGACAUGCCGUUCAGUGUGGACCGCAGCAGCCGAGCUGAAGCUUUGAAGGCAGAGCUGUCGAAGCUGAAGGCGUUGUUUGACCAUUAUCUUUACAACAUUCCCGGCCCUCCUGUCCCCGAGGAGGACUGGCUGUUGAGAGUGAAACCGAAGGUCAAAGCCAGUGAGAGGAGCUCCCAGAUGUGGGUGAGUGCGAGCCGGGAAGCUUCCCAAGGCCUGUGGUGGAACAGCAGCAGUCAUCCUCCCUGGCUGCGCUUCCACCUCGGCAUCUCCCGCUGGCAGCUGUACUCCCAUCGUGACCCCAACAUGGAGCCGCUGACCCAGCAGCUCGCCACCCACCGCAUCGUCAGCGCAGGUGUGACACAAAACUUCUGA